CGGCGCUCGGCGCUCGGUGCGGAAGCGGCGGCGGAGGCCGCGCUUUGGGCUCCGCGGGCGGCGGGGCAGGGGCGCUGCGCCACCGGCAGCCGGGCCCGCUCCCCGCGCCACUCUCCUGCCGCUCCCGCUGCCUCCCCUCGCCGCUGCGCCAUGGCGGGCAACUCCGGCAACCUGCAGAAAGCAAUAGACCUUGCUAGCAAGGCAGCACAAGAAGAUAAAGCAGGAAACUAUGAGGAAGCCUUCCGCUUGUACCAACAUGCCGUGCAGUAUUUUCUCCAUGUUGUUAAAUAUGAAGCGCAGGGUGAUAAAGCAAAACAAAGCAUUAGAGCAAAAUGUACAGAAUACUUGGACCGAGCAGAAAAGCUGAAAGAAUAUCUGAAAAAGAGAGAAAAAACUGCACCAAAACCAGUUAAAGAGUCUGGUCCUGCUGAAGGAAAAGGGAAUGACAGUGAUGGGGAAGGGGAAUCAGAGGACCCUGAAAAAAAGAAGCUACAGAAUCAACUUCAAGGAGCAAUUGUUAUGGAGCGACCAAAUGUCAAAUGGAGUGAUGUUGCUGGCCUUGAAGGUGCCAAAGAGGCACUUAAAGAAGCAGUCAUCCUUCCCAUUAAAUUUCCACACCUGUUUACAGGCAAGAGAACACCCUGGAGAGGGAUUCUUCUAUUUGGACCACCAGGAACAGGAAAGUCUUAUUUAGCAAAAGCUGUGGCAACAGAAGCAAACAACUCUACCUUCUUCUCAGUAUCUUCAUCUGACCUUGUCUCAAAAUGGCUAGGUGAAAGUGAAAAAUUAGUGAAAAACUUGUUCCAGCUUGCCAGAGAAAACAAACCUUCUAUCAUCUUCAUUGAUGAGAUAGAUUCCCUCUGUGGGUCAAGAAGUGAAAAUGAAAGUGAGGCUGCUAGACGGAUAAAAACGGAAUUUCUAGUCCAGAUGCAAGGGGUUGGUGUUGACAAUGAAGGAAUCUUGGUCUUAGGAGCAACAAACAUACCCUGGGUUUUGGAUUCUGCUAUCAGAAGAAGGUUUGAGAAGCGUAUUUAUAUUCCUUUACCUGAAGACCACGCCAGGGCUGCAAUGUUCAAACUUCACCUUGGGUCAACUCCAAAUGACCUAAAAGACUCAGAUUAUCGGGAGCUUGGGAAGAGAACUGAUGGCUAUUCUGGUGCAGAUAUAAGCAUCAUUGUCCGUGAUGCACUGAUGCAGCCUGUCAGAAAAGUGCAAUCAGCGACUCACUUUAAAAAAGUAAAAGGACCAUCAGUGUCUAAUCCAAAUACGAUGGUAGAUUUAUUCACCCCUUGCUCUCCAGGUGAUCCUGGUGCCAUAGAAAUGACAUGGAUGGAGGUCCCAGGUGAUAAAUUACUGGAGCCUAGAGUUUCCAUGGGUGAUAUGCUCAGGUCGCUUGCUAGCACAAAACCAACAGUUAAUGAACAGGACUUGGAGAAGUUAAAGAAGUUUACAGAAGACUUUGGUCAGGAAGGCUAAACCAAAGAUAUGUGUGAAGCGUUAGAACUUUCUUUUUUUUUCUUUUUAAAGUAUUCCUGUGUCUUUAUUGAUGGCACUUCAAAUAAAUGCCAAUAAAAUCACCCCUUUCUUACUUUGCAGAAGGAAUAGAAGAUACCUUUGCAAAGACCUGUAAGCUUUUGUAUUGUAUUGUUUUCCUCAGAUGUCUAUUAAAUGUCUUCUAUUGAAAAAAUAAUACAAAAAUGCAAUUUUAGGGUGAGACAGCAAAGUGAUGUGGUAAUGUCUAAUAAAUACUAGAAAGCUUUAAAUUACUAGUUCCAUAUUAGGUAGUAUAUUAGACCUGGAUACCAGUGAGUUUUAGGUUUUGACCUUACCUCCCAGUAAGGUGAAAAACCUUUUUAAGGGAUGGGAGAGAACGUAUUUGUCAGGUGUUUUCAAUAUGAGUCAAUCAGCAUAUGUAUUAAUUGCUCUCAUUUCAUUUAGGAAAAUGUAACAAAACUUUCUAAUCAAGCAUGCUGCAAGUGUGGGUUUGCUGUUAAAAGUAAGAAAGAAGACACUGUGAGGAUAAGACUACAUAGGCCAGUACUUUGAUUAAAUAUUGAUGGACCUGUUAUUUGGCUUUUUUUUCUGCUAUGCUGUGUUAAAAUUUUUCCUUAAACAGCAAGCUUUUAUUUUUAAUUCUUUACUAGCUGAUACGCACUGUCACUAUGCAAUUUAACACAAUUUGUUAAAUG